CUCAGAUUCUACGGGAGAAAUAGGGAGAUCGAGUUAAAAACAGAGGAGGGGUUGUAAAUUAUUUUUGAUACACUCGCAUCCCUCAAUCAGAGAUGAGGGAAGUAUAGUGUGCCUCUCCUGUCGUAGUUGAAGUUUUACUGAGGAUGUUCGGGGAAACUAGGACAUGAGAACAGAAGUGAGAAGAGGUAACAUUGCUGCAGAUUUCUGGAAAAAAAAGUUGGGUUUGGUUGUAAUCCGUGCUCCGAGGGGGACAUGAUGUCUUUGGAAACGGUGUGAAGGACCUGAACUCCUCACAGAGAUGUUGGGCCCAAGUGGACGUCAUGUACAAUGAAUCUGGAGCUAUGGCCGAUUACUCCUCAUAAUAAACAGGAUACUCAGAUCCUUCUUCGCCAUCUUAAUCUAUCCUGGAAGUAACAUGGGAAUGUUCAUAUUUUAUUUCUGGAUUUAGUCAGGAAGGAGAACAGAGCAGCUACAGUGUUAUCUUGACGCACCACACAAGGUAUCCGCGCCCGAGAAAUACAGUUCGUGCAUUGGAAGAGCCAGCGCGUAAAACAGAAUGCAUUGGUGUCAAAGCAGUAAAAUGAUCUAGAAUUGAGAUCUGUAUAUUGACUGACUUUUAUUGUUUGGUGAAUUCACGCCAAGGUCGAAGAAAAUAUAAUUAUUUGAAAAUGAAAGAAAAAUCGAAAAAUGCUGCCCGGACUCGACGGGAAAAGGAAAAUAGUGAAUUCUAUGAGCUGGCCAAACUAUUGCCUUUACCUUCUGCCAUCACGUCUCAGCUUGAUAAAGCUUCAAUUAUUCGACUCACAACAAGUUACUUGAAAAUGAGAAUUGUUUUUCCUGAAGGGCUGGGAGAGUCCUGGGGCCACGUGAGUCGGACCAGAACUCUGGAUAAUGUUGGGCGAGAGCUGGGAGCACAUCUGUUACAGGUGGGAUCACAUAUCCUACAGACGUUGGACGGGUUCAUUUUUGUGGUUGCUCCUGACGGGAAAGUAAUGUACAUAUCUGAAACAGCAUCGGUACAUUUGGGCUUAUCACAGGUAGAGCUGACCGGAAAUAGUAUUUACGAGUACAUCCACCCCGCUGACCACGACGAAAUGACAGCCGUGCUGACAGCUCACCAACCCUGCCACUCGCACUUUGUCCAAGAAUAUGAAAUGGAACGUUCGUUCUUCUUGAGAAUGAAAUGCGUCCUCGCGAAAAGAAAUGCUGGUCUGACAUGUGGUGGAUACAAGGUGAUCCACUGCAGCGGGUACCUAAAGAUCCGUCAGUACAGCCUGGACAUGUCUCCAUUUGAUGGCUGCUAUCAGAACGUGGGCUUGGUGGCGGUGGGCCACUCUCUACCCCCUAGCGCUGUCACUGAAAUCAAACUACACAGCAACAUGUUCAUGUUCAGAGCCAGCCUGGAUAUGAAGCUCAUCUUCCUCGACUCCAGGGUAGCUGAGCUGACGGGCUAUGAACCCCAGGAUCUUAUAGAGAAGACGCUCUAUCAUCAUGUCCAUAGCUGUGACUCCUUCCACCUGAGAUGUGCACACCACUUGUUGCUGGUGAAAGGCCAAGUGACCACUAAGUAUUAUAGGUUCCUGGCUAAGCAGGGUGGCUGGGUUUGGGUCCAGAGCUAUGCCACCAUCGUACACAACAGCCGUUCCUCCAGACCCCACUGUAUCGUCAGUGUCAACUACGUCCUCACGGAUACUGAGUAUAAAGGACUCCAGCUGUCUCUGGACCAGGUUACAGACACCAAGCCCUCCUUCCCCUUCAGCAGCGCUCCCACCAGCCUCACUGAGAACCGCAGAGCACCCAAGAUCAGAGUGUCCCGAGCUAAGGCCAAGGCUCGACUGUCCCCCUACACACAGUACACUGGUUUCCAGGCCGAGCGGUCAGAGUCGGACCAGGAUAGUCCUUGGGCAGGAUCUCCCCUCACAGACUCUGCUUCCCCUCAGCUGCUGGAGCAGGGUGAGGGGCUUGGCACCUCCUGUGCCUACAGGCAGUUCUCCGAGCCACGUCCCCUCUGCUACAGCCUCCCAAUCACUGAGGAGCACCACCACCACCACACCCCCAGCGAAAGCCACUCCCACCUCGACAGACACGGCCACAACCAGACGUGCGAGCGGGGCCGCUGUGAGGCAGGGAGGUACUUCCUGGGUGCUCCCCAGGGUGGGACAGAGGCGUGGUGGGGAGCUGCCCGCUCUGUGCUGCCCCUGGCCAAAACCUCGUCCCUGGAGAAUGGAGAGGGAUACGAGAGCAACGUGCCCCACAUCACAUCCAUCCACAGUCUGCAUAACUGUGGCCAAUGGGACCAGGACAGUGUGGUCAGCUCACCAGACGGGGGCUCCGCCAGCGACUCAGGGGACCGUUACCGCGCAGACUACUUCCGGGUCAGCGCCCAGGAGCCGAGCAAGAUCGAGACCCUGAUCCGAGCCACGCAGCAGAUGAUCAAGGAGGAGGAGAAUCGGCUGCAGCACCGCAGCAAGCUCCACCCAGGCCCUGACACUCCUCUAGGUCCUGCCAACGGCCUCCCGAAGGGCCCCGGACCCUGCUUCACCCCUGACUACCCCCAGGGGGUGCUACAUAGCGUGUUGUGCUGUGGCCUGGGUCAGGUGAUCAGCCCCGCAUCAAGCCCUGCCCCCCUCUCCAGGCUCAGCAGCCCAGGGCCUGACCCCCUCCUCCCCAAGCCCAAAAACUACCUCCAGCAGACAGGACAGACAGACAUGUCCCCUCUCCCCCAGCCCCUGCACCACCAGCUUGGCCAUCCAGGCCCCUGCUCAGCCUCCUCCACUACCCCUGCCCCAGCCCUCUACCCUUCCCACCCCCAAACCCAAACGGGGAGGCCCUAUCUGGACAAGCAAGCUGCUACCUACUCCCUGACGGGGAGGCCCAAUCUGGACAAGCAAGCUGCUACCUACUCCCUGACGGGGAGGCCCUAUCUGGACAAGCAAGCUGCUACCUACUCCCUGACGGGGAGGCCUUAUCUGGACAAGCAAGCUGCUACCUACUCCCUGACGGGGAGGCCUUAUCUGGACAAGCAAGCUGCUACCUACUCCCUGACGGGCUAUGCCCUGGAGCACCUGUAUGACACCGAGAGCCUCAGGGACUUCUGUUCCUCCGCUGGCUCCACCCACUACGACGUGACUUCACACCUGCGCAUGCAGGCAGAGCAGGGGCCGGGACACAAGGGGACCUCCGUCAUCAUCACCAACGGCAGCUAACGCCCGCUUGUCCAAUAACAGUAAAGGAAUGUCUAAAAUGUCAGCCUAUUCCCUGUAUAGGGAUUAGCGUGCCAUUUCCCUACACGCUAUUUUUGACCAGAGCCCGCGUAGGGCUCUGGUCAAAAGUAAUGCACUACAUAGGGAAUAGGGAGCCAUUUCAGAUGCACACUAAAACACAUGAAGAAGAAACUGUGGAUCCAUGGAAUAUUCAUUCUAUAGCCCAGCCUCAACGGCCUCUUCUGCGUCUUAUCCAGCAAAAACACUUUUUUCCUAUCCUACUUCUUGUUUCCUUUUAUUUUAAUCUUUACAGAGCUACAUUAUUCCAUUUGCACUGUCAGAAAUAGAGUUUCAUUGUGGGAACCUCACCCCUAUGGUUGAAGGGUUGUGGAUAUGUUUUGAGUUAACAGGACAGGGUUCAACGUUAGUGCACUUUUUAGUGUUAGUCAGAAUCCCCUUAUCACAACACAACUCUAGAGUUCAAGUCAACUAGACCUGGUUAAAUUUAUAUACUUUUUGCCCGCGCUACAAACGGCUGUAUCGGUCUGCUAAUACAGGACUAGUAAAGACCCAGUGCACUACUUUUCAGAUAAUAAUUCAGGGGGUACUACAGCAUCCUCAGCACCCCUACUUCCCGUAGCUAUGAUUAAAGGCGUGCAGUAUAGAGAUGAAGCAAAAAUUAUACAAAAAAACUUCACAGACAUCAACAAUUAUGCAAAUUCAUUCUAUCUAUGUUUUCCCCACUAUGUAAGCUAUGGAUUAAGGGAAGUGUACACACACUUUCAGAGAAAGCAAAGGGGAGAUUUAAGGGAUACAUGCAAGAGAUACAUAUGCCUACAUUUAUAUUGAGACAUACAGCAAUUCACCUGGACUGUCAGGUAGCAGGCUUUUCUUGGGCUAAAUGUCUUGUUGGUGUGGAUAACAACAUUUAUUAGUGAUUUGGUCUGUAGUGGUAUAAUAUCACCUCAGUGAGGAUAACAACAUUAUAUACAACCUCUUAAGAACAACCUUAUUGAGAUGUGAUUACUGGGAGGCUAAGGGGUCAAUAUGAUGACAUGGAUUGCCUCAUUUGCCAGGUGUAGUGGUAAACACUGAGGGUGAAUUUAGCAUGCUUUCAAGGUAAACACUGAGGAGGGAGUUAGCAUGCUAGAAAGGCUGAGGUGUGAGUUAGCAUGCUAACAAGGUUGAGGUGUGAGUUAGCAUGCUAACAAGACUGAUGUGGGAGUUAGCAUGCUAACUCGGCUGAGGUGAGAGUUAGCAUGCUGACGUGUGUGUACCUUCGAGGCAUGUCUUGUUAAAUUGUCAACAAGGGUAAUCGUAGUUAUUGUACUGGAACGAGAUGCCCAUUGUUUAUUGAACAUAUGAUGAGAUGAAGGAAAACUCAAGUGAGGUGAAAUGGAGAGAUUGUGGUUGAUUGACUUGUGCACUGUUCUAAUAUUACAGAAUGAUGUAGUGGCAACAAUUGCUUGUACCAACAUGACAUUAGUUAAUAUUACCAUUAUAAUGAGUUAUAUGACAAUUCAUGAAAUAUUUUCACAAAGUCAUGAUACAUGCAGCAAUAUGCAAUCCAACCAGUUGGGUAGUCAUUUAGACAGCCUAAAUCAUUAUCACAUCUGAUCAUGAUAAUGCUUGUUUGUUAUAAACUGGCAUUACCUUUCUCUAACGCUAAAUAUCAUGUUUAUUAUACUGUUUUGUAGGCAGUGUGACACAUUUCUAGUGUUCCCCUGGAUUCUAUUGUAAAUGUGGUUACCAUAUCUCUCAUAUUUAUAAGUUUGGAUUUUUUUUUUGUCAGUCUGAAUUGUGCUUUUCCAAAGUUAUUUAUGAUGUAAAUAUGCUGAGAAAAAGACACCACUUUGAAGCACAAGGGAAAAGUUGUAUUUAUUUAGUGAAUGUUUAUUUUGGGUUUUGAAAUAUAGUUGCAAUCAAAACAGUCUGCGUGCAUAUGAGUGUGUUUGAUUUAAACAAAUUCUAUGAAAAAAAUUA